GCAUUGCCGUGCCUUUACAGACUGUUAUCAUUUUGCACACAUUUUCGUACUGUUUUGCACACGAUGAACAUUUUCACGUGAUUUAGAUUACAGCCUGUGGGGCACGGUACACGAACCUGGAACGCUGUUCAUAAAAAGGAACGUGUUUCGUCUGCAUCGUCACUUUCGAAGCGCUAGCGAGUGAACGUGCAUCAGUGUAACAACUAGAAUUUUUUUGUCGAAGCAAACGUCAACUUCACAAUGAGUAGACACACAUUCUUUGUGUUUCUGUUGGGUAAAUCCCUGAUCGUCCUCAGCUUUUUAGUAGCAGUCACAACUUCCCAGCCCAGGGUGACCGUGGAGCAAGGUGUAAUUGAGGGCACAACCGAGACCUUUAUGGAAGAUGAGUUCACUGGAGCAGGAGGCACGAAGGUGGAUGUCUUCAAGGGGAUACCGUUUGCUGAGCCGCCUCUCGGUGAGCUGCGCUUCAAGCCUCCAGUACAGAAGACGGCAUGGAGUGGGGUCUUUGAUGCCACCUACCUCAGGCCUGCUUGUCUUCAAGAUCCCUUCUACGCUUACACGUUGGGUUUUGAGAUGGACGAGGACUGUCUUCAGCUCAAUAUCUUCGCUCCAAACCAACGAGUGGCUGGUGGAGCUGCUGUUAUGGUCUGGAUCCAUGGUGGAGGAUUCACCUUUGGGUCUGCGGUACAGCGGGUCUAUAAUGGACUGCCAUUGGCUGCUGUGGGUGACGUCAUCAUAGUCACCGUCAACUAUCGCCUCGGCGUCUUCGGAUUCCUGUCAACAGAUGAUGAAGCAUCACCAGGCAAUAUUGCAAUGUUGGAUAAUGUCAUGGCUUUGAAGUGGGUCCAACAGAACAUAGAAGCUUUCGGCGGCGACAAGCAGCGGGUCACGAUCUUCGGUGAGAGUGCUGGAGCAGUUAAUGUCGGAUUCCUCGUGCUGUCUGAGAUGGCUAAAGGACUGUUUAGUCAAGCAAUAAUAGAGAGUGGUGGGUCAAUUUCACAAGAGGUUGGGCCAUUAACCGAAGACGGUGACAAGGUGCUCCGCGAGAGGGCCUUCCAGUUGGGCGAGACUGUUGGCUGCAGUACCUCGGACAGCGCAGCUCUAAUAACCUGUCUGCAAGACGUAGACGGCAAUGAUCUUAUACAGGCUCAAUUAGCGGUUUACGAUCGAAUGUAUCCUAACGUCGACGGGACAUUCCUGACCAUGACCCCGCUCGAAGCGUACGCCUCUGGAACCUACAACCACGUGCCGAUGCUCAUUGGUACGAAUCGUGACGAGGGAACUUUGUUCUUUGCGUUUAAUCCCUUAUUUGUUGAGUACCUGACCGACAAGAACCCGCCCUUUGUCAACAGGACACUGUUUGAUGCGCUCGUUGUGUACACCUUCAAGUUGUUCGAUCUUUAUGACAAAGCAGUGUUUGAUGCUGCCGAAAUGAAGUACAUUGACUGGUCGCAAGCCGAGUACGAAGCCGCUGAUUAUUUCCACUCAAUGGUGGAAUUUUCAGGCGACUGGCUCUUCACAUGCAACGUCGACAAACUCGCCCGACUUCACUCGACCAAGGACAAAGUGUACCGCUACCUGAUGCCACACGUCCCGACCGUGUCCUACUAUAAAUUCCAGGGGGUUCAGCCGGGUUGGGUCGGGGCGGGCCACGCUGAGGAGCUCCCCUUCGUCUUCGGUGCGGCCUUCGUGCCCGGAAACCCCUCGGUCAAUCUAACGAAUGACGAGAAAGUGCUCUCUGUCAACUUCAUGAAAUUGUGGACCAAUUUCGCUAAGAGUGGUAAUCCGAGCAAGGAGUCCCCGAAUUCUCCGCCGAUUUUAGAGUACAUCUGGCCCGUUUUCAGUAGCCCCGGUUUGGAGUACAAGGUGCUAGACCUGAACCUAUCUUCAAGCCGAGCUCUCAAGAGUGACCAGUGUUACUUCUGGAAUAAUUACGUGGAGGAUCUUCGGGCAAUGUUAGAAGAUCGGAAUGGUGUCGACAGUGGCGUAUCCAGCGAGUGGACGGGUGGACUACUUGCCAUUCUGGCGACGCUUUUCCAGUGCUUGUGUUUGGUGUUUUCGAAAUAAACGCGCCAGCACCUAAAAACCACAUCUAAGAAUAAUCCUCUUUUUACCAUUUUUACGAACGAUACCAACUUGGUGCUACUUUCUACUAAAAUGUACACUGCUCUCCUUUCCCUUUGGACCCAAACCUGGUAACAACAGUGAACAUCGAGCAUUACUGGCGACAAUGAUCUUGAGGAACACCGACAUGGAGGACUGGAGAUAAGAAUUUAACAAAUGUAGUUAAGAAAAACCAGUGAAAUCAAAAACACUUUACUCGCACUGUGAAAACUCUUCCAACCCAAUUUGUUUUACUAUGAAUCCCCUGUGUGUUUCUCUUCAUUUAAAAAAAAGGAUAAAACCCCCAAAUGCCUCUUAACCUGUUUUCUAGAGAGGGUGAAACAUUGUGCGGACGUGGGCAAGUCCACACAACGUCGCUGCUACCUGGUUUAUGUGGACAUCUUUUGUUCGAAAGUCCACACAGUGAAUUUAAUGCUUGUACGCACACACCAGCUCGUUUUUACUACACUCAUGAGGACCUGCCCCUUUCCUUCUUUUGUUCCCUUUUGUUUGAACGUUGCUUCUUUGUGGUUGUGAUUCGGCCACAUUAGAACUUACUGCCAUUGAUUCAUUGUAAAGGUGGGGAAUAGCUUUAAUUUGAAUUCCAUCUAGUACACAGUAAUUAUUAUUUCUGUAUUUAGCAUAGCAUUGUUGGCUCAGAAUAUGCGAUCCAUUUUGAUAAACCUCUAUACAUGUAUUUGGUAAUUAUUUACAAUGAAAUUUCAGAACGACCAUGUUGAUUUAUCACUGUUGAAACAUGGCAUUUGAACCGUGAUUAGACUCGUGCCACAUGCUUGCUUUAAUAUGCUUUCGAAACAAAGUUUAACUUACAGAUGACGUGUAUAGUUGUUAUGAAUUAAUACUUCAAAUUCUACUAAAGUACUGGGCAUAGCAUGAAACAGCCACAGGGGUGGUAAAGUUGGAGGCCUGGGAGGCUCUUUUAGAUUCUUCUACAAGUCAGAUUCAAACUGUUCGUUCUCCCCCUCGGAAACCCAACAGAACCCUGUGACAAUUUUCUUAGUAUUGAAAAGCGAGGGUUCUUGUUGACAGGUCAGGCUACACGAUAUAACAUUGGGAGGGAGAAGAUCAGAUUAAAGUUUAAAAUCAUAAGUUAAUCGAUUGUGGAAUAGCAUUAAUAUUCAAAUUCAACAAACCUUGUAUCCAAUCUUCGCCUCCCAACUCUCUCGACCGAGUACAAGGUUUGGAGGGAUUAUUAUUAUUUUUUUUUUUACGUUUCCCUUAAAAUGAAAUUAUGGAGAUUAUAUCACAAUAAAAUAUCAUAUAAAGCGACUCUUAAAGAGUAUAAAUAUUAUUAUUUAGACUUAGCGAUGGGGCAAUAUGAUUUUAACAGAAUGCUUGUUGUACAUAUCAAUAAGCCUGACAUUAUCAAGAAUAAAUCGACAAUUUUCAAUGUUUACCGCACGUUUACCCCAUUUCCUCUUGUGUCUGUUGCUUUUUAUC